GGAGUGCUCGACGCCAAGACCAUAGGGAAGGUCAAGCAGUUUGACGGCUCACGGAGGGCAUGGUCCACAUGGGAGUUUCACUGGCGAGCGUGCACGGUGGCGAACUACAAGCGCUGCAAAGACUUGUUCGAGGAGCUAGAUGACAAGACCUUGGGCCAGCUGGACGACGCCAAGAAUGCCACGAUGAGCGCGGACGGCGGUCAAGCGUGGACCCGCCUGAAGGGCGAGUAUGCACCCCAUGGGCCUGGCAAUGUUGUGGCGCGUCUGAGGCAGCUCAUGUCUACGCAGUUCGCGACGAACGCAGACGUUGCCAACGAGAUCGAGAAGCUGGACGUAGAGAUCAGCAGGUAUGAGAAGGUUGCCGAAAAGCAGUUGAGCGACAACAUCCAGGAGGGGAUCUUGCUCGGCGCGCUCCAGAACGAACACUACCUGCAGAAGCAUGUCUUCCGCAAGCUGCGGAACCUGGCCACCUACCUCGACGUGAAGAAUGAGGUCCUGAGUGCCCUGAAGGCCCAGCGCAGCUUUGACGACGACGCGAUGGAGACCGGCGCGCCGAAUGGAAAGCCGAAGGGCAAAGGGAAAGGCAAGGGUGACAAGGACAAAGACAAUGAUAAUAUUAAGAACAAGUUCGAGCCGCAGGCGAAGGACAACCCGAACCAUUCGAGGAAGUGGUGCAGUCACUGCGAGAAGCCGAACCACGUCAAGGACGACUGCCGCAAGUUCGAGCAAGAGAACGAGGCCAAGGCGGAAGCAUAUAAGAAGGCCAAGGAUGAGAAGAUGCAGCGCCGUGCCACGGCGGCAGCGCUCGCCGCAGGCCAGCACUCGCAGCACCUCGCACACCGCGCGGCGCGCGCUGUGCCGCAGCAGCCCGUCCCGAACUCAUCGCGGGCAGCCUCGACAGCAAGCGCGACCCCGACGGUGCCGACGUGCGCGCGCGGGAUCAACGGCCUCUUUGCAGAGCAGGACACGAUCAUACCGAAGUGCAUCUUCGCCCCGUCGGUGGAGCACUCGAGGCCGAGGGCGAGGUCGGCGGAACCCAGUGGAUCGAGGCGCAGCGCGAGCGGUGGCAGUGUUUGUGUAUCAGGCAUCCGCGGGGUCAGAGUGGUCACGAUAGACUCUGGGGCCCAGAUCACAGCGUGCCCCUACGACAUGCUGAAGGGCAAGGGCUGCGUGCUCGCCAAGUCGGGCAUCUCCAAGCCGUUGGCCAUCGACGGCACGGAGGCGCAGCACUGCGGCAAGACGGAUGUUCGGCUGAAGACGGGACAGGACGUGAUCCAGAUCUCGGCGGAGGUUGCCGACGUGGAGUUCCCAGCGAUGUCCACUUUCGCGAUUGCGAAGCAGGGCAAGUCGGCGAUCCAUUCUCCCUUCGGAGACUGGAUUGUAGACAGCCCGGGCAAGCGGGCGGUGCGCUCGGCGAGCAUCGGCGAGCUGGACGAGAGCAUCGGCGGGCUGGACGAGGUCAUCGGCGAGCAGCUGGGCGAGGAGCUGUACCUCAGCGCGACGCGCGCGACCCUGCGCGCCCAGGUCCCAGCCACCGAGGCUCGACAGCAGCUGCCGACAGCGCUCGGCCCAGGCCCCAGCGAGAACGCCACCUUGAAGGCGAAGGCUCUCGCGGGGCCCGGGCGGCCCUCGGAGGAGGAGAGGCGAGCCCACGCAGUGCAUCAUCUCCCUUUCAGGCCGCGGCGCAGGCACUGCGUCACGGGCCGCGCGAGGGACACGCCUAACGAGGUGAGCGCGCAGCCGAAAGGCGACGAGGAGCACCCAAUCGUGGAGAUGGACUUCUUCUACGUGGCCACCGACGAGAUAGCUGGGAAGUGCCCCAUGGUGAACGGCUGCGUCGCGAAGGUCGUCGACUUCAGGAAUCUGGAGCACAAGGGGCGCGGGGAGCUGCCCGCGAUCCUGAACGUCGCGGGCUGCAGGGCGCACUUCGUGGCCACACUCAUUCACAGCUGGGGCCACGCGACGGUAAUUCUGCUCGCGGACGACGAGAAUGCUAUCGUCGCUCUGGCGGGGCAGGUGAAGAAGCUCAGGUCGCACUCUACGAUAGCGCGGCAGGGCCCAGAGUACUCAUCCAAGACCAUGGGACACAUCGAGGCCAGCAACGGAGCAGCUGCGGGACUACUCCGCACGUUGCGAUUUUCACUCGAGGCCAAGCUAGGCUGCAAGCUCGAGCUCUCGGACCCCAUCCCCGCCUUCUUCGCCAACACGGUCGGCUGGUACAUCGCGAGGUUCCAGCCGAGGAGCCGCGGAGGAUGGAGCUACAAGUACCUCUUCGGCCACGAGUGCGCGGGCGAGGUGGCGGAGGUCGGCGAGCAGGUGCGGCGCCGCAUCGCGGCUCGAGUCGCAGUGGGCCAGGGCAAUUUCGAGGCGCGCUUCGCGAAGGGCAUCUGGGUGGGCAAGUCGGAGUUCGACGACCAGCACGUGCUGGUCGAUCUGCAGCGCGGCCUCUUGAAGGUCCGCUCGGUCCGCCGCAUGCCUGAGGAGUUCCGCAGGAACGCUGAUCUGGUGAAGCAGAUCGACGUCACGCCAUGGGCCCCUGUGCAUGAGCGAGUGAGGUCGGUCAUCAGGAAGUCCAUGUAUAUCACAGAGAACAUGCUGAGCACGCGCGGCCCGACGGACAGCUGCCCGAAGUGCACUUACGGACGGGGCCAGCACAGUGAGCAGUGCAGGAUCGGCGCGCUGGUGCAGGCACCCGAGGUCGUGGUCAUCGCGGGCCUCUCCGUCUGCGAGCUGGCGGUCUGCGAGGAGGACGACGACCAGGCAGAGGCCCCCCUGGGACCCGAUGCCGGGGGAUGUCUCAUCGGCUGCGCCAAGAAGCUCAAUCCAGACGCCGAGGUCGUGGCGAGCCUGUGCGCAUUGUGGUCGAGACGUAGGGCACGCGAGCAGCCCGACUGGAACCUUGACCCGGACUCGCCCGAGCCGACGGUGAAGAUCCACUACGAUUACUACACGGGCGAGCUUCUCGACGAGGAGAAGUACCAGAAAGGCAAGGCAGACGAGCUCCAGGCCAUGGCCGAGCACGGCGUCUACCGCAAGAUCCGCAUCGCGGACUGCGGGCCUGGUGGCAAGCACGUCGGGGGCUUCCCCGUCGCGCGCGAGAAGGCUGGCGAGGCGUUCUUCAACAGCGACCCAACCGAGAAGAUAUGCGCCCACCCAGGCAGCGAGCUGUGCGAGCGUGGUUACUGCUGGGAGCUGUUCAAGAACGUGAGGGCUACAACGGACGACGCUGGAGGCAAGGCGCUGAAGUGCGCCCCUGGCAUGUUCUACUUCGCCAACCUCUGCAGCGGCGGCAACGGCGCCACGAGUGGGGUCCACGGCGACGGCUUCAUCGCGGAGGGCCAUGUCGGGGCGCCCGACCAGCUGGGCGACGUCCUGAGCGUGGAAUAUGAGAUCACCUCAUCGCCGCCGCUGGGGCCUGGUCACCCUGGAGUUGCCCGCUACCUGAAGCGCGCCUGCGGCAACGUCGACCAGCUGCCCGAGACGACGCUGGCAGGCUUCUUCUGGCACGCGGACCCGAAGCACGUGACGGAGAUCACCAAGUUCGGAUCCAAGGAGGGCGCCAAGGCGGUCGACGCCCCAGGCGCCAAGGCGAUCGGGGCGCAGCUACGCAAUGUGACGGACCCGCUGCCCACGGCCGAGGCACGCAAGACAGCAUCAGCGGGGGGCCUCGCGCUCUGCCUGGCGGCGGAUCGGCCCGACAUCACGCUCGCGAGCAAGACCAUCAUGCAGGACGUGAGCAAGCCGAACUAUCAGAUGAAUGCGAGGCUCAUGCGGCUGGCCCGAUACCUUGAGGGACACCAAGUCCUGGUCUGGUGCUGCGAGCUGCAGGGCCUGCCGAGUAUCCUGAGGGCCGACGGCGAUGCGGACUGGGCGGCGCCGACGGCGGUGGCGCGCAAGAGCACAUCUGGAGGCGCGAUCAGGUUCGGCAAUCACACCUGGGAGUGCAACUCGGCCAGCCAGGCCACCCAGGCUCUCAGCAGUGGCGAGUCGGAGUUCUACGCGCUCGGAGCCACUUGGAUGACGGGCGCAGCCAUGAUGCCCUCGACUCCCCCGGCGACCCCUGGCGCGGCGGCGGCCAAGGACCAGUGCGAGAUGGACAAUGCGGGCGAGAAGCUUGAGGCAGUGCUGCCGGGGGUUUUCCAAUGGCUGCUGGUGAGUGUGGUCGUGGUGCUGUGUAUGAUCGCGCACCUCUGCGGCUGGUGCGUGGGCAGGCGCAAAGCGGUCCUCCAGACGGCCGAGGAGGACCCAAGAGCGGCGUUGAUAGGCGAGAGGCACCGGCACCACGAGGGGUGCGCCGAGUCGAAGCAGCAGCAGAGAACGCAGGCUAUAUGGAGGCUCGAGGAACAUAAGUACAUCACACGGGAGGUUCAGCGCCUAUACGAGGUCCACGCCGUCGGCGAGCUGCGGGAGCUGCCCGUCGAGCGGGUCCUGGCGCUCAAGGACGGCUACGCGAGGAAGGAGGAGCUCGUCGAGAGCGCUGGGGGGAGCAGCCCGACGGAGAUGCACGUGAUCACCCAGCUGACGAAUGAGUGGAAGGACCACGGGAUCGACGUGAAGUGGCGCCCUCGCAUGCUGGCGAGCGGGCGUGACAUCCAACGGAUGCUCACCGCCGCCGCGGAGGUCAUGAACCGCCUGCGGGAGC